ACGUCGACGGCGGAUCUACCAUUGGCCGUUUUGUCGCCCGCAAAAAGGCUCCGCAGAUCGUCUUUGCCCAAGCAGAAACGACAGUAGGAUGUGGGUCCUUCGGUAGGGCUGUGAUUACGGGUGAUUAGCAGUAAUAAUAUCGAAUGUCACGCCUUUGGCACGAUAAAUUACUCACAGUUCCAUCUAAGCGUCGCCAAGCUACGAUAAAACGCUCACUGCGUAGCGUCGUGUCGUGAGUUAACAAACCAACUGUUGUGUACGUUGGUUACAGUUGGCCUCUCGCGGGGCCGCCCAUGUAUCAGAUGUUUUGCUUUCCGCACACAGUUGAACAACAAGCCGCCCCUCGCGCUAACCCACCCAUGCUGGCCGUCGUAAUCAGCUGAGCGGCGGCGGAUUCGCGUAGUGGCCAUUUGACAGCAGUGAAUCAGUCUUUGGACGGAGAGAAAGUGCUCGGUUUGUUUACGUUUUGUGUCCGCGGUUUGCGCAAAUCUCUCUUCCCACCCGAUGGCGGACCAUCGGAGACGUGUUUUGGAUCUUUACAAACGGUUGCAGUACAUGGGGCGCGAGUAUCCUGGGGGACCAGAGAAGUUUCGGCAGCGCUGCUACAACGCCUUCAAACGGCAGAGCACCGAAAACGAUCCGGCAAAAAUACAGAAGGCCAUCGACUUGGGAGAGUAUGUCGUGAAGGAAAUUGAAGCGCUUUACAGUUUGCGGAAGUAUCGAGCCAUGAAGCGAAGAUACUACGACGAACCGUGAACGGGGCCGGCUGAACGAUUUGUGGAAACCCAAAUGCCUAACCGACGGCCACCGAUAAGAAGCAACCUUACAGGGCGAUUUGGCGAUGACCUAUCCCGCCGAUAAGCGUGUUGCGUGAGGCGACGUUCUGUUAUGAGGGGGCAUCAUUUUAGCCACCCUGCGGGACGGGCUAAAACAUUAAGUUUAAUGUGAAAUAAACAAUUAAUUCGAUCGAUUGGCAUUUAUUAUUGCCGCAAGCCGGAAGCCAGAAGUGGACUUUGGCCAACCUUCGCGGAUUUCUCAAGUCAGAUGAAAUAUUUCGCGCUGUUGAAGCAGUGUGAAAGAUUUCAUUUGACUGUUGUGAAUCACCCUGUUGCUAAUUUUAAAUUCAAAACGGAUACAGAAAAUCGGCUAUCAAAACAAGAUUUGCUUUUACCAUAAGUUUUGUUUGCUGCAUACUUGUUGCUGGAUUUGGAGUUAAAAAAGACAUUAUUGAAUAUGCUAAGAAAGUUGGGAAGAAUUUGAACCUGAAAUUAAAUUAUAAAAGUUUGAGAUAUUCCUUCGAUAAUGAACAUCGCAAGCCACUUCGCGAUGGCACUUAUUUUGUGUGAUAAUUGAUAGAUCUAAAUAUGGAUAUUCAUGUGACAUUCAAGAGAA